GCUCACUCCCAAAAAAAUAUGAUUUUUGGUUACCCGCUCAUUACUCCCUCUUCUUCUCAUCUCCGUCGUGCGCCCUAAAUCCCCCAAAUAAAAGUUUGUUUUUUUUCAGCUGAAAUUCCCCAAAUAGAAAUUGGACCGAGCAACUUUGCAUCAAGGAAGAAGAAGAGUCGGAAAAACACAAGUAGCUAAGUUGCCCUUAUGGCUUGUUAUGGCGAGUAUUUUUGGCAUGUAAUUCAGCUACAAAAUUUUCAGUUUUUUGUUUGGAAAAAAUAGAAAGGCAAAUUCCCAAAGCCCUUUGGAUUAAAUGGUUUUAAUUGUAGUAAAUUUGACUUGCCCUUUUGUUUUACCUUAAUCUACUUUUGCUAGUUUGUAGAUGCUUUCCCUUUUCGUAUUUUCUCUCUAUUUUGAUCAUCUUCCAACAGAUCGGCUUCAGAUGGGUGAGGUAGUCUCUACAAUUCCAACAAGCAAUGGCCCCAAAAGGCUUGCUGAGAACAUCCAAGAUGCUUAUGCUGAGGCAGCUAGCAUUGCUGAACAGAUGGAGAAAAGGCUUCUCUUUUCACUUCUUUUAUUCUCCCUGCUUCUUCUUUUGGAUUCCUCUUCAGCUCAGAUGCAAGUUACUCAAAGAGGGCAGAUGCUACUGAGGAUUUGCAAGAAGCCAUGGAGGUAUUUUUCUUUGGUCAAACAUGGAGUGAUAAGUAAAGUUUUCUUUUAUUGUUUCACCACUACGGAAAAUUAAGGUGCUGUUGUUUUUAUUAUUAGACUGGAAAUAAGGACAUUGAAAAAUUAAAUAUGUAGCCAAAAUUUUGUCAGCUGUUAGUAGUAGAUACUUGUAAAGUUCAAUCAAUUCAACGCUGCAAGAAAACAGAAGCGUAUGUAUAAUAACCGUAUUUGUAGUACUAAUUUUUGUUAUAUAAUAAUGAAAGGAAUAUAUGUUCUUUUCC